AUACCAAAUAAAAAUUAGAAGAGCUGGGUUUGGGGUAACGGACGAAAUUCCCAAUCUCACCAUCAUCACUCUCAAUUCAAUCUCUCUCUCUCUCAUUUACCCAAAACCUUUGAACAUCUUCGUAACGGCUCUAUUUCUCUCUCUCUCUAUCUCUACACAUUGAAACACUUCUCGAUCUAGGUUUCUAAUUUUACUUCUCUCUAUCUUCAUUCCUUCAAUCUACUCGCGAAAGUUUCAGUCACAGAUUCGAUCGAUUAUUAAACUUUCAAAUUCAAUCAUCAGUUCUGGAAAAUCUUCGAGAAAUCUCCCGUUUCAGGCUGAAGCAUUUCGUAAUGGCUACUAUUCAAAAAGAUCCGAUUCUUCAAGUAGAGACAACUUGUGGAUCUCUCUUAUACGAACUCCAGAUUAUUUGGGAUGAAGUUGGAGAAACAGAAACUGAUAGAGAUAAGAUGUUGCUUGAGCUUGAACGUGAAUGUUUAGAAGUUUAUAGAAGAAAAGUUGAUCAAGCGAAUCGAUGUAGAGCUCAGCUAAGGCAAGCAAUUGCUGAUGCUGAAGCAGAGCUAGCUACAAUCUGUUCUGCUAUGGGGGAACGUCCUGUUCAUAUUAGACAGUCUGAUCAAAGCGUUGGAAGCUUGAAGCAAGAGCUUGGUACGAUUCUUCCUGAACUUGAAGAGAUGCAAAAGAGGAAAAUUGAAAGAAGGAACCAGUUCGUUGUUGUCCUGGAGGAAAUAGAUAGUAUUGCUAAUGAUAUUAAAGGUCAAGGAGAACUUGUUCUCUCUAAACCACUUAUCGAUGAGACUGACUUGUCUAUGAGAAAGCUUGAAGAGUUACACUGCCAGCUGCAAGCACUUCAGAAGGAAAAGAGUGAUCGUGUGGAGAUGAUUCGGAAGCACUUGUGUACUUUGUAUUCACAUUGUUCAGUACUUGGAAUGGACUUCAAUGAGGUUGUUGGCCAAGUGAAUCCUACAUUGAGUGAUCCAGAAGGACCAAGAAGCUUAAGCGAUCAUACAAUCGAGAAACUGGGGGCUGCAGUUCAAAAGCUGAGGGAGGUCAAGAUACAGAGAAUGCAGAGGCUUCAAGAUCUAGCAACAACCAUGUUGGAGCUCUGGAAUCUGAUGGAUACACCCACAGAAGAGCAGCAAGAGUAUCAGCAUAUUACCUGCAAUAUAGCUGCAUCAGAACAUGAAAUCACUGAAGCCAAUAGUCUCUCUGAAGACUUCAUUAAAUACGUUGAGGCAGAAGUUGUUCGAUUGGACGCUGUCAAAACAAGCAAAAUGAAAGAACUUGUUUUGAAGAAAAGGUCAGAGUUGGAGGAUAUAUGUAGGAAAACCCACUUGUUGCCAGUGUCAGACAGUGCUAUAGAUCAGACUAUAGCGGCAAUAGAAUCUGGUAUUGUGGAUGCUACAAUGGUACUGGAGCAUCUUGAGCAACAUAUCUCUAAGAUCAAAGAGGAAGCUUUAAGCCGAAAGGAGAUACUAGAAAGGGUUGAGAAAUGGUUAUCUGCCUGCGAUGAAGAAAGUUGGCUUGAAGAAUACAACAGGGAUGAUAACCGAUACAAUGCUGGACGAGGGGCUCAUCUUACUCUCAAGCGUGCUGAGAAAGCUCGUAAUCUUGUUAACAAGCUUCCAGGAAUGGUUGAAGCACUGGCCUCGAAG